AUGACGGAACCCCCCGCGAAGAAGAAGUGCCUGGGAGUCGACUGCCCCAACGAUGCUGGCUCCCUCCAGUGCCCGACAUGCUUGAAGCUGGGAAUCAAGGACAGCUACUUCUGCUCGCAGGACUGCUUCAAGAAGAACUGGGGCAACCACAAGGCCAUGCACAAGACCGAGACAAGUAUACUCCACCACGUCCUCCCGCCAAAGGUCGUCUCUAAACCAGAUCCAGAGACAGGUGUCUUCAACCCCUUCCCGACUUACCCCUUCAGCGGCCCCCUCCGACCCGUCUACCCUCUUUCCGCCCGCCGCGAGGUUCCCAAGUCGAUCCCCCACCCCGACUGGUGGCAAGAUGGCCAGCCCAAGUACCCCAGGUCCAUUCUGAACAGGAACAAGGUUGAUAUCUUGGAUGCCAAGGGAAUUGAGGGCAUGCGCAAGGUCUGCCGCUUGGCAAGAGAGGUUUUGGAUAUUGCUGCCGCUGCCAUCAAGCCCGGCAUCACCACGGACGCCAUUGACGAGAUUGUCCACAAGGCUUGCAUAGAGAGAAACUCCUACCCGUCUCCCCUCAACUACAACCACUUCCCCAAGUCGGUAUGCACCUCCCUCAACGAGGUCAUCUGCCACGGCAUUCCCGACCAGCGCGUCCUGCUCGACGGUGACAUCCUGAACAUUGACGUUACGCUGUACCACGAGGGCUACCACGGCGAUCUCAAUGAGACGUACUACGUUGGCGAGCGGGCAAAGGCCGACCCCGACUCCGUCAGGGUGGUGGAGGCUGCUCGCGACUGUCUGGACGCCGCCAUCGCUGCGGUCAAGCCCGGCACCCUGAUCCGCGACUUUGGCAACAUCAUCGAGAAGAUCGCCAAGGAGAGGAACUGCAGUGUCAUCCGCACGUACUGCGGCCACGGCAUCAACAAGCUGUUCCACUGCCCUCCCAACGUUCCUCACUACGCCAAGAACAAGCAGGUUGGCGAGUGCAAGCCCGGCAUGACUUUCACCAUUGAGCCCAUGAUUGCUCUUGGUAAGUACCGGGACAUCACUUGGCCCGACAACUGGACCAGCACAACGAUUGACGGCAAGAGGACUGCGCAAUUCGAGCACACGCUCCUUGUCACCGAGGAUGGCGUGGAGGUCCUCACUGCCAGGAAAGCCGACUCCCCUGGUGGAAAGAUCCCGAUGCCCGGCGCCAACGGCGAUGCCAACGGAACGACCGCAUAA